AUAGCUAGAAGGGCGUUUAUUUGGAGACAAGAGGGUGAUACUAGUUUGAAGCGGCGGCAGAGAGUAUCAAUGGCGGUUCCGGGGAGACGCAAUGGCCUUAACGAGGACGGUGAUGAAGAAUCCAACGGCCUUUUCGAAGAAGAAGGUCUCGUUGAUUUCCAAGAAGACACUCUAACUCCUCCUCAUCUUCGUGACCUCUCCCGUGCCGCUCAGUUUGGCGACCUCCCUUCCCUCCGCCUCGCUCUCGAUAACUUGACUGGCAGUAUUGAUGAACCAGUGGAGGAUGGGGAUACGGCUCUUCAUUUGACAUGUUUAUAUGGCCAUUUUGAAUGUGCCCAGCUGCUACUAGAAAGAGGAGCUAAUUUGGAGGCUAAUGACGAAGAUGGCGCAAUUCCUUUACAUGAUGCUUGUGCAGGAGGAUUUGUGGAGAUAGUCCAACUUCUACUCAACAGAGCUAAUGGCACUGAGCAUAUAAAAAGGAUGCUAGAUGCGGUUGAUUCUGAGGGUGAUACUCCUCUUCAUCAUGCUGCAAGAGGUGAGCAUGCUGAUGUAAUUAGGUUGUUGCUGUCUAAUGGUGCGUCAUCCACAAAGGCAAACUUAUAUGGAAAGACCCCUGCAGAGUUACCUGAACACGGCACAGAGGCUAGGAGGCUCCUUGAAGCUGCUGCUACUGCCAUGGCAAUUUAAUAAGAGGAUUAGCAUGGUGGUUAGUAGAAAUAUUUAGUUUUAUUUUGACAGCCUAAUCUGUAUUACUAUAUAUUCACUUCUCCUUGUUCAGAUUUAUCAAGGAAGUAAUUUUGUGAAUUAUAACUUUGGAGAGUUAAAAACGAGCAUUCAGGGAUCAAUUAGGAUGAUUUGGUUUGCUUUUAUUGGUUUGCUCAUCUGAAAUAUACUUACAUGAUUACAUCUUAGGUUUCAA